CACUUUUUUACUUAAUUGAAGAUGUCAUCAUCCUCCUCCUCUUCUUCUUCUUCAACUACAUUAUCACUGGACCACAUCCCUCCUUCCGAACAGCUUUGUUAUGUUCACUGCAACAUUUGUGACACUGUCCUUGCUGUGAGUGUUCCCUGCACAAGCUUGUUCAAGACGGUGACGGUGCGAUGCGGCCAUUGCACCAAUCUGCUGCCGGUGAACAUGCGAGGCCUUCUUCUUCCAUCGCCCAAUCAAUUCCAUUUCGGACACUCUUUCUUCUCCCCAACUCAUAACCUUCUGGAGGAGAUUCCGAAUCCAUCCCCAAAUUUCUUCAUGAACCAGACAAACACACCAAAUGAAUUCUCCAUGCCUACUAGGACUGUUGUUGAUGAGCUUCCACGCCCACCUAUCAUAAACAGACCUCCUGAGAAGAGACAGAGAGUCCCAUCCGCUUACAACCGCUUCAUUAAGGACGAGAUCCAACGCAUUAAGUCUGUCAAUCCUGAUAUAACCCACAGAGAGGCCUUCAGUGCAGCUGCCAAGAAUUGGGCCCACUUCCCACACAUUCACUUUGGUCUCAUGCCUGAUCAGACUGUGAAGAAGACAAACGUGCGCCAGCAGGAAGGAGAAGAGGUUCUGAUGAAAGAUGCUGGGUUUUAUGCUUCGGCUAAUGUUGGUGUUUCACCCUACUGAUUCAGCUAGCUAUAGCACUAUGAUGUGACUUUUCUCUUUUAAGUUAAUGCAAAAGUGAAAAUUCUCCGAUGGAAUCCAUCAUCAACGUAACCCUUUCAAGUUCAUUGGCGGAACUUUGAUUCCUUUAGGUUAUAUAUGUAUGCACCUAUUAUUGUAGCUGAUAAUGAUGAUGAUGAUGAUGGUUUAUGUUGAUAAGUUGAUAACCAAGGACUAAGCUAGUUAGUACUAGCUCUUUUGGAAUUGUUUCAUGCCUGUUGUUCGUAGUAGACCUUGUUAUU